UGCGAGUAAGGAUUACAUUCAUGUCUCAUCAGUAACUCCUUGGUAUUUUUUUUGUUUCGUGAUUUUUUUUAAAUCGUCAAGAAGGGUGACUGAGUGAAACCAGAAGGGAUAAUACCUACUCUCGCUUCUUUUGUCAUCAAUUUUAGCCAACUACUGACAAGUGGAAAACAAGCCCACGUUCGCUCAAUUGAGGGAGAGAUUCUGUCGUUCUAACGAUGUGGCAGUUGGUUGGCAGUGUAAGCAGUUGGUUGGAGGGGGGGGACCACUUUGGAGAUGAUAACCUGUGCAAUGGAAUGGCAAUGAGAUUCGAUUUGGGUUGAUUAUAUACAGUCUUCUUGCCAACUAUAAUCUAUGCGGCGAAACUGGUGCUGAUGACAGGACUGAGGUGGCUAUGAUGACGAUACGUGCCUUAUGCACAUAAGCAAAGAUCGGUCACCAAACUUGGAUUGGGCAUGUUUUUCUAUCACGGGUAGGUGUUGUCGGUUUCCCUUCGGUUUCAUGGCUGGCGCACGGCAGAUAAAAACUUUGUUGACUUUAAACAUCUGUAUGUUUGUGGGUAUUAUACUGUUCUCGGUUUACUGCAGAAUUCAGGAUCGCUCAGAGGAACUCCUGAAGAACGGCAGGACCACUAUGCAAAGAUCUAACCGCAGAAAUGGGAAAGUUAAUAACUUUGUGGAGAAGCAAGCUAUUCUUCAGAGGCUUGAGCAUCUUGAGGACAUGGUCUACCAUCAAUUGAACGGUCUGGGAAAGACGGUUGGGGUACUGGAGGGACGAGUGGGCCAGGGACAGGGGCAGGCCAGGACCCCUGCAACUCUGAGAAACCCUGUCCGCGACCCAGAUGGGGGAAUGUACGAAGAGUACGGCUACAACGCACAGCUGAGCAAUCAAAUCCCACUGGAUAGAUCCAUUCCUGACUACAGGCCGAAAAAGUGCAAGCUGAUGACUUACCCAGAUGACCUCCCUCAGAUGACGGUGGUGUUCAUCUUUGUAAACGAGGCUUUGUCAGUGAUCCUACGGUCAGUCCACAGCCUGGUCAAUCACACACCUGCACACAUCCUCAAGGAGAUCAUCCUGGUGGAUGACAACAGUGACAGUGUGGAGCUAAAGCUGAAUCUGGAUCAGUAUGUGAAUAAGCAGUACCCAGGCCUAGUGAAGAUGGUGAGAAAUAGCAGACGGGAGGGACUUAUACGGGCCAGAAUCCUUGGCUGGAAAGCUGCCACUGCACCAGUUGUUGGCUUCUUUGACGCACAUGUUGAGUUCAACACAGCAUGGGCAGAGCCAAUCCUAACCAGAAUCAGGGAGGAUCGAACACGUAUUAUUCUACCGUCGAUCGACAACAUCAAGUACAACACGUUUGAGGUGCAGCGGUAUGACAACGCGGCCCAUGGCUACAACUGGGGCCUUUGGUGUAUGUACAUCACCCCCCCCCAGGCCUGGCAGGACAGAGGAGAUGAGACGGCCCCCAUCAGAACCCCUGCCAUGAUUGGCUGCUCCUUUGUGGUGAACAGAGAAUACUUUGAAGAGAUUGGCCUUCUAGACCCAGGCAUGGAGGUGUAUGGAGGAGAGAACAUCGAAUUGGGCAUGAGGGUAUGGCAGUGCAGGGGGAGUAUGGAGGUGUUACCGUGCUCUCGGGUGGCACACAUUGAACGCACCAAGAAACCCUACAACGACGACAUUGAUUACUAUGCAAAGCGCAAUGCCUUGAGGGCAGCCGAGGUGUGGAUGGAUGACUACAAAUCGCACGUCUACAUGGCCUGGAAUAUCCCCAUCAACAACCCCGGAGUUGAUUUUGGAGAUGUUUCUGAGAGAAUCGCCUUGAGGAAGAAAUUGCAAUGUCAUAGUUUCCAGUGGUAUUUGCAGAAUGUGUAUCCAGAGAUGCGAGUGUACAAUGACACCAUCAACUAUGGUGAGGUGCGAAACAGCAAGGCCAGUGGCUAUUGCUUAGACCAAGGACCUAAUGAGGACAACAGCGCGACUCUCUACCCGUGUCAUGGCAUGACAUCACAGCUGGCCCGUUACACCUCAGAAGGGCUUUUGCAGCUUGGUCCUCUGGGUUCCACUACGUUCUUGCCCAACACCAAGUGUCUGGUGGACGAGGGACGAGGGAGGACGCCAAGUCUCAAAAAAUUUGAUGGAGCGUCACACUCAUUACAAAGGCUUUGGGACUUCAGUCAGAACGGCCCAAUAAUCAGCAGAGACACUGGUCGUUGUUUGGAGGUGGAGAUGUCUAGAGAGGCCAGCUUCGGCCUACGGCUGGUGGUCCAGAGGUGCUCUGGUCAGAGGUGGACUAUCAGGAACUGGAUCAAACCACCACGACACUGAGGGCACAAUAUACAGGCCAGCUGAUGUCUACAAAAAAGACAUGGGACUCUUACCUUGUAGCACUUGGACUAUCCUCUUUACAAAUAUUGUGUUCCUUUGGAUUGAGGCUAUAGACUCCGUUGUCUGCUCCUGGAAAGGUCAAGGGAUUUCAAAGCAUCUCAACACCAACCUUCCACAACUCAAGCAUCUUAACAACAAGUCAUCACAAAGUAUGGAGGAUACAUAUCCCUACGAAGAACCAGAGGAUGUACCAUACAGAGGUUGUCUAUGACAAUGAUAGUUGCAGUCUGCGAUACUUAAGGAGGUAAUACAAGAGAAUUGGCACAUGUUGACGAACCAGUUAAUUUUGAGUGUGUUUUGUUUCUGAUUUCAGAUUUCACGCCAUAAUCCCUGAACACAAUUAUGUUCCUUCAAUCAUAUGUCUGUCAUCUGGAGGGCUACAUUAUCUCACAUUCAUGGACAAUAGAGGAAAAAGUGAAAAACACAAAUUGUACACAACAACUUGAAACGAGUGAUAAUAUGACAUUAAACAUUAUGACAUAUGUGUUCCUUCUUGACGAGUGAUUCUGUAUGAGAGCGGAAUUUUUUUACUAUUCUUAAUCAUGAAAAGUAUUGUUUU